AUGGCUUCGCAAUCGCCGCUCAAGAUCAUUCUUGGAACCCAUAUGAUUGGAGACACAAACAAAGACCCUGGAACCGUUCGGUUUGAUAAGAAAGAGGACGUCCAAGCUCUUUUGGAUGCAUUCCAUGGCCGUGGAUACAGUCAUCUUGACACGGCCCGUGAUUAUUCUCCGGGAGAUCAGGGAGCCUCAGAAUCACGUCUUGGCCGAGCCAGUGCAGUCUCCAGAUUUACUGUGCACACAAAAGUUCACAGCACGAGUCCUGGAGAUCAUGAGCCUGCGAAGCUGGCGCUCAGCAUCAGCCAGUCGCUUCGUGAUCUUCAGGCACCUAGUGUGGAGACGAUGUUUCUGCAUUUUCCAGAUCGCCAGACUCCGUUUGAGGAUACCGCAAAGGCAAUGAACGAUGCCCUUGUGCAGGGAAAGUUUCGAGGUUUUGGGUUAUCCAACUAUUCAGCCGCCGAAGUGUACAGGUUUCUCGAAAUCUGUGAGGAGCACGGCUACGCCAAACCCAGCGUGUAUGAGGGGCAUUACAACGCCAUUGCAAGAGGAUGCGAAAAGGAGCUAUUCCCGCUGUUGCGCAAACAUGGCAUGUCGUUUUAUUGCUAUAGUACCAGUCCCGCCGCCGGCGGUCUAUUCUCGGAACACUCUGAAACCUCGGGACGCUGGCAGAAAGAUGUAAGUAAGCCCCAGCAAGCCUCGACCCAGCCAGGUCUAACGAUGCAGAAUUUUAUCGGAAAGCCCUACAAUAUCAUGUAUGGGAAACCGCCAGUACACGCCGCAGUAGCCAUGAUCCUCGAGCUCGCCGAGGAACACGGCAUGAACGGGCAUGCGGCCGCAAUACGAUGGACGGCUUUUCACAGCAACCUGGAUGGAAAGUAUGGCGACGGCAUCAUUUUUGGCGUUUCGAGUGUGGGUCAGCUGAAUAAGACCCUUGACGCGCUCGAGGCGGGUCCUCUUCCUGCCGAGCUUGCAGAUGCUAUUAGCGAGGUGUAUGAGGUAGUCGAGGGAGCCGAACCGCCCUACCAUCUAUAG